AAGCAACUUGAUCGAGAGUGGCUGAGCUGUAUGGCUCUUAAUUCCGAGAAUUCAUAUUUCGCCAAUCGAGUCUUCGAUCGCCGCGUAUUUGCCUGGCGAAGCCCGACCCUCAGCCUCGCUCGCGAUUUCGUUUCAUUUACAUCGACGACGAUGGCUAGAUCGAAGGAUCGUAUUUUGACGUAACUAUAUGUUUUAUUACUCGAUAUUACGCACGUAAUAUUGUGAUAAGAUUACAUCGCGAGCGAGAAAACUAAUUGAAAAUGAUCUAUCUCGCGCAGAUAAUCAAAUAAUUGUUUAAAUAUUUGUGAUAAUAAGUGUAAAAAAAUUGCGGUUUCAUAUACAAAAAAGUGCAGCAUAGUGUCGUAAACGAAGAAUUGCGAAAUUCGUGAAAUUUUUGGAAUAAUUAAAUAUGUGUGUGGCGCCAAAAAUGACAAAUCAAUUUUGACUUGCCGCCAAACACCGUGUGCGUAUAUAGAAAUGUGUUACGUUAAUUCGAGUCUAAUCGAGACAGAGAAUACCGAAAGUAUCUUGUUUUUAAAUGUUGCGGUUUUGUUCGAGAAGGUCCAAUUUCCUGGUGGAUGAGUCAUCCGAUGGAGUUUGGUCGACGACGAUUAACGGUGAGAAUUCUCCUUCUUGAUAUCACCUAACCUGAUGAAAUACAAUGACAACGACGAAUUACGAAAUUGCGAAAGAAAAGUGCAAAUUCUAUCGAGCGAUGAAUCAAGAUUCGGACAUUGUAUCGGCUGAAACAUCUGGCUCAAGAUCGAACUUGGAAUCGGAAUUGAGAUCGAAACAUCACGAUAAUAAAAAGGCAUCAUCGAAUUACAAACAAACUUGUUUGACGCAUAAAGCGGAUAACGUUGAAGAUAUAAAACGCGUAAUUGUAUCGGAGAGCAACGAAAAAAAUGACGAUGACUCCAACAAUGAAGAUGCCGAUCACUUGGAAUCCGAACAAAUCAUGGUGCCAUUCGAUCCGUCGGAAUGGAAUUGCAGCCACAUAGCUUCAUGGAUCUCAUGGUGUGCCCGGACAUUCUCUAUAAAAUCUCCGAUCACUAUGAUACUUCCGUCGACCGGAAAGGAAUUGCUGAAAUUGUCUCUGCAAGAUUGGCAGAAUGUCGGCGGGACGGGAGGUCGCAUUCUGGCGCGACACUUGGGCUGUCUUCAUCUACAAGCGACCGGCAUAUAUACUCCCGAUUUAUUACAAGAGGACGGAAACAAUGCUGAGAGGUUCAGCCUCCUCCAACGGACUUGCUCGCUGAUUGGAUCGACGGCUGGAGCUGGCAGCUCGGGGGCGGUCGGAGGCGGACAGGUCCAGCUCUGGCAAUUCCUGCUGGAGCUGCUCUCGGAUACAUCCAACGCGUCCUGUAUCGCGUGGGAGGGUUCGAACGGGGAAUUCAAGCUUACCGAUCCGGACGAAGUCGCGCGUCGAUGGGGCGAGCGUAAGAGCAAGCCGAAUAUGAAUUACGAUAAAUUGUCACGCGCUUUAAGAUAUUACUACGACAAGAAUAUAAUGACAAAAGUUCAUGGUAAACGUUACGCUUACAAGUUCGAUUUUCAUGGUUUGAUGAUGGCUUGUCAAUCUCAAGCCGGCAUUAUGACGCUGGAGGCAUCAACAUCGUCGCGUUUGACAAACAGCAACUGUCACCCUCAUCACCAAGCUCAUCGUACUCAUCGUUUAUAUCCAGUAGAGUCGUCUCAACAUUCGGUACAAUCCUCCUUACAAUCGGAAUCAACGUCGUCCACGCAACAACUACCGCCACCGGCACCACCUCCACCACCACCACCACAUUAUUGUUGGCCGUAUCAUCGAUGUUCACCACCGACAUAACAUAGUCUUCAAUCGCUAUUAGGCACGUGCGGUUAUAUCGAUCGAUUAGUGCCAAUUGCAAUGGACAAUGAUUCGUGUUUAUUAAAUUAUAUUUUAUUCAUCCUUCUCUCUUUCUCUCUUUUAAUAAUAUUUGCAAUGUAUCAUUGUCGAUUUUUGGAAUAAAAGAAACAUUAUUGAAACUUGUUGGUAUAUCGUUUUAAUACUUAUUCGAUAUAUCGUAUUUAAGGGGACUCAGAAUUUUGAAUAAUUAAGUAUAUUGAAACAAUGCACCAGCAAGUUUCGAUAUUUUCUUUCAUCCCAAAAAUUGGUAAUAUAUUACAAUCUGUGAUCAAAUCUUAAUAGAUUUUUUUUAUUAAAUAAUUUGGGAUAAACAAUUCACUACACUCAUAUUUUUUCGCAUUCAAAAGCUCUAGGUUUUCUUGAAUUAAUCAUAUGUAACGAAUAAUAAUAUUAAAAAUUAAUAUUAAUAUAAUAUAAUUUCCCAAACACGAGUGCAAAAUAUUUUAAACUUUUAAAAAUUGUAAGAGAAAGAGCAUAAAAUAUCGUAUCCUUCUUGCUCUUUUUUUUACUUGAUUUGCCAAGUUUUGCUAUAAUUGGAAUUACUAACUACAAUACUACUCUUACUUUGAUAGAAGCGUAUUCGCAAAUGUAUAUUUUGUAAACAUGACUUUCUAUCCAGUGAAUAUAUUUAUAUAAUGUAGAGUUAAUACUUACUAUUAUGUAUAUAAAAUCUAAAAAAUGAACACUUUUA